AUGGCCGAAACCUCUCUCACGAGCUCCAACAGCGAUACCGCCUCAGCCCAGCAGCCGAGGACCGGCUUCGAAAGCUUAGAGAGCAGCCUCCCACCGAUAAACGAGGAUACGCUCCUACGACCUCAAGCCCAAUGGCCGGCCCAAGACCAGGGAGUGUCCCCAGCGCUGAUCAAUUCGCGAGCCGCGUCCAUAGCUCUGGAAUCCAACCGAUCGAUGCCUGUGCCUCACCCGAUCGACCGAGAACAAAUGCCGUUCUUGAACAACUACGCGGACAGACCCCCUCAUCCUCGUCCUUUCAUGACAACCUCGUUAGCGAACAAAAUGGAGGACACAACCGCCGUCAUCAACCCCGCUAUCAUCAGCAGGUCCAACACCAGCCCGAGCACCAGUGGCACCAACACCCUCAAGAAGAUUGGAGGGGAUACGAGAGGAACUGGAGAGCUCCGAGGGACCAGACAACCAGAGUCAUCGAGAUAG